AUGAUAUAAGCAUUAAACUAGGCUCUAAGGGAUCAUGAGAUAGAGUAAAAAAGAGAUGAAUAUGAAAAGGAGAAUAAGCUCAGGAGGCAUUAUUGCGUGAGAUGCAAGGUAUUAAAACAUUGUGUUCAUUGCUGCAUAAGCUUCCUCGGCAAGAAAGCUAUUGAUGAUUAGUUUUGCAAUAUUUGUAAGGAAUAUGGUCAUAAAGAUAGAUGCUGCUAAAGAACAUGGGCAAAUAUCAAGAAAUAAAACUUUAGAAGAGUUUGUGUUGAUGGGUGCUAGAUACCUUAAGGGGAACUAUGGACUAAUUAUGAUGACCCAGAGUUCGAUAUUGAAACGAAAAGAAUUUAAGACUCCUACGACUUAACAGAAAAACUAACCUAAAUGAGCAUUAGAGACAAAAACAAAAAUUAAGUUAAGAAAUUGAAUUCAAAGAUUAUCAAAAAGCUUAAAGAAAUCAAUGAGGCCUAUUACAAUAAGUUAUUGUUAUGUCAGACUAGUCCAGACCCAGCUUAGAUCUAAUUCAUAUAUUAGGGAAUCAGCAUGUAUCUCACCCAAUAUCCUGAGCUGAGAUUACACUUCACUUUACUAGAAACUAACCUCGAAUUUAAAUAGUAGAUGAUAAAUAUUCUCUAAAAUACAAAAGGUGUUGGCUCUGUAUAUCUUGAUCCCAUAGAUUAGAAAUAUAAAGCACUUUGGUUAAGUAAAGUAAAAUUAGGUAUGAGUACUUAAUUUAGCAGUGAAAACAACGGCUAAGGAUCAAGCAGCAAUGGUGGCAUAAGCAGUGGAGGUGCUGGUGUUGAAUAGUUUAACAUAGACAGCAGUGAUGAGAACUAUGUGAGCAACAGCAGUACUGGAGCUAGUGGCAAUGCAGGUGGUAGCAGCAGACCCAGCAGUGAAUGGGCUUUAAGAGACAACAAGGAUAUUAAGGCAGAUGAAGUUCGAGUGUAGGAAGUUGCAGAAAGAGUCCAAGAACAUUGGAUUUACAAAAGAGAAAAGCACUUUAAUUACUAUUUCUACCUUGAUUAUUGA